AGACACCUAAUCACCAAAGAGUAGAUGCAAAUUAAACAACAGACUGAUCAUUUCAAACGACUGUUAAGCCCAACAUCACCUAUAACUCGUAGAGAAAUACGACACACAACCACAGAAAUGUCAGUAAACACCAAUCUCUCAACAAAAGCAGACGAUUCCAGUGUCAUAAAAUUACUAGAAGGUGGCGGGAAAAGCGGCAGAACCACACGGAAUUACCCCGGAAGCACUGAAAAUGGACCCAGAGACCUCAGUCACCAUCCUCACGCCAUUAUUACAGCAAGUUUGGAAGGAAAGGUUCCUACUGAUUGGAAGAAAGGCUACAUUGUCAGGUUACCAAAGAAGGGUGACAUGGGACUAUGCAACAACUAGUGUGGAAUUAUGUUCCUAUACGCGCCAAGCGAUUAUUACGUCGCGUUAUCCUGG